AUGGGCGUCUCUGUCUACGGCCGACCAAAACUCAAGGACCGCCAUCGACUCAAGGCACCCAUUGCAGACUAUGUGGCGAUGGAGGGUGUGACGCCAUCGGCAUGGCUGGCUACCGGGCCUGACGGAUACGUCGACCGGGCAAGUGAGAGCAAGACCAAGCUGCCACACGUUGCCAGUGCGUUUUGCGACAAGGCCUUGGCCGACAUCGCCAACAACACCGGGUACGUCAUGGUAGCCAAGCGGAAGAAGAGCCCCGAUGGCGACACGGUGGCGUCGCGGCUCAUUCAAGCGGCGUUAGUGCGGACGCUCGACGGCGUUGCGCCGCCGCCCGAGCUCUCGGGCGCGCUCGCGCUGCAGCUGUAUAUUCACCCCAAGGGCUCGACCGGCACGGUCUACCGCUGCGAGUACGCCGUCUCAAGCAACCGCAAGGGCUUCACCUCGGUCAUUUACAAGUACUACGACCGGGUCGAAAAGAUGGCCGACGACGACCCGCGCAAGUCGGAUCCGCACCGCUCUGGCCAGAACGACGAGCUGGUGGUGACCAAGACAUUCCAAAAGUCCUCCGCCCGCGCCAUCAACGACCAGCUGUCAGAGCUCUCGCUGCGGAUCAUCCGCUUUGUCGAGACUGUUCGCAAGGUCCGCAUCCACCGGGCCUACUGUGACUUUAUCCUCGACUCGACUGCCGAGCCGCACUUUAUCCAGGCCAUCAACGUGUUCACCACCCGGCGCGCGCCGCGCCCGCGCCCGCCACCGCCGACCGCCCCAGUCGCCGACGCCGACGGCCGUCUCGUCGACGGUCGCGGCCGCAGUGAGCCCUCUGAGCUCGCGCCGGUGCCCGAGGACCUGGCCAUGGUCCGCGUCGCCCGCGCCAAGCAUGUUGGCUCGGACGCCAAUUGCGCCGGAGACUACUGCGACUACGAGCUCGUUGCUGUCGAGCCCGAGCUCCGCAUCCGCCCACGCGACUCGCCGCCGCCUGGCGAAACCCCACCGCUGCCUGAGUACUUUCACAUGGCCAACAAGUCGGUUAUCCUUGCCCGCUUCGAUCUCCUCCUGCAUCGCCCCGAGGACACCGCCGCCGCCGCCGCCGAUGCCUCGGGCAUCCGCGCCGUUGAGCUUUACAACGCCACUCUGGCCGCCACGAGCCCGUCAGCCUCGGACGCGCCGUCGGUCCUGGCCGGCAAGUUCCAGCGCAUCUCGCCCGAGGACUACUACCGCGAGGUCGAGGUCUGCGCCUCAUGCUACCAGAUCUACACCGCACUCGACGGCCAGCGGUCUGCAGACUUGCGCGCUCGUGACAAGGCCGAGCGCCGCCGACGGCGGCUCCGCCACAAGCAGCAUGAGCGCGAACGUGCGGAGCGCAACGCCCGCGGCGAUGGCAAGGCCUCCUCGGGUGGUCCGCGCGCCUGGGGCGCCCCGCUCCCGCCCGGCGCGUCACCGUCGUCGCUUCCACCGCGCAAGGCCCGCACGCCUGAGCGCCGCGUCAAGCGCGCCCCUCUUUACACCCCACAGAGCAAGGGCAAAGACGCGCGCCCGCGCGGGGCCCUCGCCAUUCCCAAGGACACGCCCAACUUUCUCAAGAUCAACCGCUCAUCGUCGCAAUCGCCGUAUGCGCUGCCAAAGCAGCGGCGAGGUUCGUCGCGCAAGCGCGGCGUGUCCCGCCGCCGCCCGCAGCAGCAAGACUCGCCCUCGCGCCCCGCUCCGCCGCGCAAGGCCCCGCAGGCUUACGUCCGGGAGGGCGCGCCCACCCGUCGCGCCGGCGGGGCUUCUCCGGCGCCCACACAUGCGUCCGCGUCCAGAGCUGCGCCCGAAGCCUCGCCAUCACGCCCAGAGCGCAAGACCGCCCCGCGCGACCCCAUCGCCGACGAGGCCGACGCGCUUCUCUCACAGUACUCGGGCCACGGGCAGGAGUCCAGCGCACGAGUGGUGAGCGGCUCGCCGGCGUCGGCCUCGUCGUCGGACGACGGGCGCAGCACCGAUCGCUCCAACGCAUCGUCGACCUCCGCCUCGGGCUAUGCGUACUCGUCGGAGAGGUAAAGCAGAGUAGCUAGG